ACCUAAUUGGAGUCAGAAAAUAAAAGUGUAUUAAUUAGUAUUCGGUUUAUUUACUUAUCUCUGAACACGACACCCCACCAUCUAAAUUGGUGACCCCGUGUGGAGAAAGUGUGAACUGUAACCAGUGAAUUUGGACUUGUAAUUCAGUGAAUCGGACGACCGGGGCAACUCACACAAGUGUACGUAGUGUCGGCUUAAUAUUAGUGCGCGUCAAAUUAAGAAAUUAUAAUGUCGUCUGAAGACAAGAAGGUCGUUAUUGAAGAACAUCAACUGUCGUCCAUCUCCAUCACAGCUAAAAUUCCGGAAUUUUGGAAGAAGUCGCCUAGAACAUGGUUUAUCCAAGCAGAAGCAGUUCUAAAUCCUCAGAAGAUGUCCGACGAAUCAAAGUACCAGGUCCUUAUUUCAAAAUUACCCCCGGACGCAGUUGAGCAAGUUACACAGAUCCUUGUGGAUCCCCCUGAGAAAAAUAAAUAUGAGACCUUGAAGAAUAAGUUGAUAUUUAUAUAUCAAGAAUCCGAAGAGCGGCAAGUAAAAAAACUCAUUGGCGAAAUGGAAUUAGGCGACCAGAAACCAUCACAAUUACUAAGAAAAAUGCAAGACCUAGCCAGGGGACGAGUAAAUAACGAAACACUCAUAGUUAUGUGGCAGAAUCAUUUACCAAAUUCGGUGCGAGGAGUUUUAGCUGUAACGGAAGAAAAAGAUUUAGAGAAAUUAGCAUCAAUAGCGGAUAAAAUAAUGGAAACGACGACUCCCAUACACAGUGUUGCGACUGUCAAACAGGAACCAGGCCCAUCCGGUUCUCAGGACCAAAUUAUUUCGGCAAUAAACAAAUUGAGUGAUAGAUUACAAAAUUUAGAGUCAAGAUCACGAGGCCGUUCAAAUAACUGGCGAAGGAAUAACUUUAGACGCAACAGAUCCAGGUCAGGGUCAAGAAGUCGCACAAGGAAAUUUGAAGAUCCAAAUUGGUUAUGUUUUUACCAUUAUAAGUAUCGCAGCAAGGCAACUAAAUGUGCGGAUCCAUGUAACUGGAAGAAAAAACACGACAAGGACAAGCCAGCGGAAAACUAG